ACCCGACACUGACCCUGACCCGACCCGUUCUUCAAAACCAUUUUUGGAUGAUUUAAUACUGGAGAUGGUGGUAGUCGUUUUGUGGGUUGUGAAGUUAUGAUGGCUCUGGCUUUGGGUUUUGCUCAUUCACCGAGUCCUUUGCUUUCUCUUCAUCAGAAGCCAAAACCCACGUUGAGAUUAGCUGCAUUUCGAUGCUCAGCGAAGCCUAGCAAUGAAAUAAUCCUCAGGACUUGCAAGAAUUGCAAAACCCAAUUCGACCCUUCCAUCAAUAACCCCCGGGCUUGUCGCUUUCACACAGCUCAUUUCGGAGGAGAAACAAAGAGGAAGUUUGAGAGUGUGCACACUGGGGGCACCAUGAACACUCCCGACUCUGGAAAAGUUGUUCAAUACUGGCAUUGUUGUGGAUCUGAAGAUCCCUUUGACCCUGGAUGCACAGCUGCUCCUCACUCCUCCUAUGAUGACUGAUGUUGUGUUAUAAUCCUCCCCCACCAGUACAUGAUUCGAUUCACCUUGUAUGUUUGAACAUUUACUUACACCACUACGGAUUUUGUUCAUCUUUUUCCAUUUUCUUGUUUCCCUGUGUAUGCAACCAUAUCAGAUUAA